AUGGGAAGUGAGAAUGAAAUGAUCCCAUGUCUAGAUUUUUCAGGAGUUGGUGAUGAUGAUGAAGGGAGUGAGGAAUGGGAAAAAAUGAGUAAAAAAGUGAGAGAAGCUUUAGAGAGUUAUGGCUGUUUUAUCUUAAUGUAUGAUAAGAAUAAGAUUCCAGAGAGUUUGUGUGAGAACAUGUUAGAAGGAAUGAAAGAGUUGUUUGAUUUACCAGAAGAAGUUAAGAGGAAGCACAUAAGUACUAGGCCUUACAGCAGCUACAAAAGUGAUUGUCCCAAGUCUCCUCUAACACAAACGUUGGGAAUUGAUGAUGUUUUUCUUGAGGAUAAUGCUCUUGCUUUUACUAAUCUCAUCUGGCCUCAAGGAAAUUCAACUUUCAGUGAGACAAUGAAGUCGUUGAGCUCUAAGAUGCAUGAGCUGAGUUUUCUUAUUCUGAAGAUGAUUAAAGAUAGUUAUGGUCUUCCAAAACAAUGCUGUUUAGAUAUUGAAGUGUUGAAGAAUACCGGUCAUUUACGAUUGAUGAAAUACAAAACUCCUAAAACCAACAAAGAUUGUGAAACAGCUUUGUUACCACAUACCGACAAAAGUACCUUAACCAUGUUGUACCAAAACGAAGUCCAAGGUUUACAUGUUCAAACCAAAACAAAUAAAUGGAUUCAAUUGAACAUUCCCCAAGAAGGUUUCAUUGUCAUAGUUGGUGACAUACUCAAGGCAUGGAGUAAUGGAAGACUUCAUGCACCUGCACACAAAGUGAUGAUGUGUGGAGACAAAGAAAGAUACUCAUUUGCUGAGUUUACACUUCCAAAAGAAGAUGUGAAAAUUGAGGUGCCAGAUGAAUUGGUGGAUGAUGAAGUGCAUCCUCUACGUUAUCGAUCGUUCACUUAUGGAGAUUACUUAGAGUACUUUGUUUCAACACUUAAGGAAAAUGCACUAGAAGCAUAUAUAGGUGUUUGA